AUGUUGGUUAUGAUUCCGAAGACUGAUACCCCAGAAUUAGCUUCUCAAUUCAGACCUAUUAGCCUUUGCAAUACAAUUUAUAAGUGUAUUGCUAAGUGCCUUGUUUCACGCUUAAAAGUGGUCCUUCCACUCUUGAUUUCGGAUUUUCAGCAUGCCUUUAUCCUAGGUAGACACAUGGAGGAUAAUACUUUUAUGUCUCAAGAAUUAAUGCAUUUCAUAAAAUCUAAAGAUAGAUCUUCUCAUUUAGCGACCCUAAAGGUUGAUAUGUCGAAAGCCUAUGACAGAGUGGAUUGGUUAUUCUACUCAAAGUUCUUGGAGCUUAUGGAUUUCCGUCAUUUGGAUCCAAUGGAUUUCUCAAUGUAUUUCUACAGUCACCUUCAAGGCUCUUAUCAAUGGGCAAACAUCGGAUUCCUUCACUCCGACUUGUGGCCUAAGACAAGCCUUAAAGGCAUUAAAAUCUCAAGACGGGCCCCCUCUAUCUCCCAUCUUUUUUUUGUGGAUGAUGCAAUGUUCUUUUUUCAAUGCUCAGAGGAGUCGUGUGGUACUAUAGCAGAUAUUCUUGCCAGAUUCGGAAAGGCCUUUGGUCAACAGAUUAAUUUUUCAAAUUCAUUCGUCAAGUUUAGCCCGUCUGUUUCUCUAGAGUUAGCUCACUCCUAUAAAUCUAUUCUCCGAGUUCCUAUUAUCGACAAUAUGGGGAAACACUUGGGAGUUCCUAUUGACCUGUCUGGGAGGAAAGCUAGCCAUUUUAUGGAUCUUCUUGAGAAUAUUAAGAAAAAAAUCUUGUCCUGGGCACACUGUAAACUUUCUGAUAGUGCUAAGCUCAUCCUUAUUAACUCUGUUCUUCUGGGAAUGGCCAAAAGUGGGGACAAAGGCAUCCACUGGAUCAAUAGGCAACGGGUUCAGCUCCCCAAAAGUAUGGGGGGAUUGGGGAUUCGAUCUGCUAGUAGUUAUAAUGAAGCCUUACUUUUCAAAAAUAUUCACCGCAUGCAUACCAAUCCACAACUUCUUCCUGCUAAAGUUUAUAACGCAAAAUCAGAUUGUAUCUUCUGUCCCCACUCCGAUUGCCGUAAACCUCCUCCAGCUUCUUUCUCAUGGGUUAGACGUGCUAUGCAUUCUACGGAUGUUAAAAUGAGGACAGGUUUCGCAUGGAAAAUUGGUACAGGUCAUAAUGUUCUAGCUUCCAAUUCAAAAUGGGUUAACAAUAAAAUUCCAGUUGUUAACUCAAAUCAGAAUCUUAGACAGAGUGCUUUUUGGAAAGUUAGUGAACUUAUUACCCCUUCCCGCUCUUGGAAUGUUGGAAUUAUUCGGGAUCGUUUUGAGUGGGAUAGUGCACAUGAAAUUUUUUCUAUGGCUCUUCCAGCCGAGGAAGAAGAGGAUUUCUUAUACUGGCCCUGGCAUAGUAAAGGGACCUAUACGGUUAAAUCAGAGUACGCCUUCUUAACAAAUCCGGAAGGUAUGCGAGAGUCUCCUCAUAGGAAAGAAACUUAUGAUUUUUUCAAAAUUUUAUGGCGUCUCGAUAUUCCCCCCAAAUGGCGAAUUUUCAUGUGGAAACUUGUUGUAAAUGGAUUCCCUGUCAAGGCUAAUCUCCAAACAAGAGGAAUUAUCACUGACGCUAGUUGUGACUACUGCGAUCUAAAGGAGGAGGAUGAGGAUUGGAUCCGAAGCCAUAUUCUGCUUUUCUAUAGUCAGGAUGGAAUCCGUAGUAAUCGUAUUCAGGCCUUUGUAGCCACUUUAUGGGUCAUAUGGAUUACUCGGAAUAAGAGUGUCUUUCAAGGUGACAACGAAUAUUUGGGCUGUUACUUUGGUAAUCUGAAGGAGGAUUUUCUUUUUAGAAUGAUUAUACGAAAUCGACAACUAGAUUACAGGAAAUUGCUCAAGUUACCUGAUCUCUGUAACCGGAUCCCGCCAGGGUUCUUUCAGGUCUUGAUUGGACAAGAGAACCAUGUCCUCCAUUUCAAUGACUCUUUAGCUCCUGAUACAAUUUGA